AUGAGUGAUGAAGAAGUGGAAAUGGUGCUGGAUCGAAAGUCUCGAUUCAAUCGUUAUCGUACACGAGUUCGAGAGAGAAUCAAUCUCGAUAUCAAAGAAGCGAUGCAAAUAGAUGAUAACAACAUUUCAUCAACGAAUGAAAUAUCUGAUUCCGAAGAACCAAAUGCUCUGCUCAUUCAUAAAGUACCAAUAGUAAUGCAUGAUGUAUGUACUCAAACUUUAGAUUCGUUGUCAAACCCAGGGAUUGAGCAAAAUUUUUCUGAAAAUAUUGAUGAUGAAGAUAUAAAUCAGUUAAAAGGUAAUAGUAAUAUAUUUCAACUUCUAAAUGAUCAUAUACGUAAUAACAAAUUUAAAGAUGAUGAUUUUUAUGAGUUUGAUUAUGGCGAUACAGAUUCGAUUGAUAUUAAUGAUGAUGUUGAGUAA